AUGAGAGGGCUGGAUGUGACAGCAAUGGGGAGUGAUACUAGAGGGGGGUUAAGGUGUGACAAUAGCGGGGGGUUAGGGAGUGACAGUAGAGGGGGGACAGGGAGUAGCACGGUGUUUCAUCCGACUGCUUGGCGGUGCGGGAUACCUGCUGUGGUUAAGACCAUUGCUGAUUGGGAGGAACAAGAUGGAACGAUGGGUGGGAACGAUGAUGACAGGGACGCUGACAAUGAUGACAGGGACGCUGACAAUGAUGACAGGGACGCUGACAAUGAUGACAGGGAUGCUGACAAUGAUGACAGGGAUGCUGACGAUGAUGACAGGGAUGCUGACACUGAUGACUCCAUGAUGACUGAGCCUGAGGACGAAGCCACGUGGCAGUCCCUGAUUGAGCAGUCCGCUCACGAAAAUGAUGACGGAGUAGAGGCCUUGGAGGAAGGGGAGGGGACGGCGAUGGGCGAGUUUGACUUUGAACCGCCCUCCUUCUCCCUUCACGUGCAGCCUUCUGAGCUUCAGACGGACCCUGAUGAUGGGAUGAACUUACUCCCUUCGCAGGGCUUGGACGCUCCCAGCUUCUCGUUGGGGCUGGAGGGUUGGGAUGGGGAGGCCGCGUUGGGCGAUGGGCAGGGCAUGGCAGAGAGGGACGGGCAACAAGGAGCAACAGAGAAAGAUUUUGAGACGCUGAAUGUUGAUUCUGCUCUGCACAUCAUGUUUGCCCUGCCACAGGAUUCUGGGAGAGCGAGCAAGAGAGGGAAGGGCAAGCGGAAGCGCAAGUGA